UUCCAACCCGGGACAGGCAGGAUGGCUCCAGCAAAGAAGAGCGGUGAGAAGAAGGGCCGGUCCGCCAUCAACAAGGUGGUGACCAGAGAAUACACCAACAACAUUCACAAGUGCAUCCAUGGAGUGGGUUUCAAGAAGCGUGCCCCUCGGGCACUCAGAGAAAUCCGGAAAUUUGCCAUGAAGGAGAUGGGAACUCCAGAUGUAUGCAUUGAUACCAGGAUCAACAAAGCUGUCUGGGCCAAAGGAAUAAGGAAUGUCCCAUACCAUAUCCAUGUGUGGUUGUCCAGAAAACGUAAUGAAGAUGAAGAUUCACCAAACAAGCUCUAUACGUUGGUUACCUAUGUAUCUGUCACCACUUUCAAAAAUCUACAGACAGUUAAUAUGGAUGAGAACUAA